AUGUAUUAUACAUCCACCCAUAUGGAUCUUAAUGUGGAAAAAGUACACUUCUUAACCAAGACAGUGCCUUUGGAAGUCGUGGAAAAAGUUGUGGUCAAAGAAGUAGUCCCUGAAACUGUCCAAACUGUCAAGACAGUUCCUCAAGUUCAAGAAGCAGUCGUCGUGGACGAGAAAGUUGUCGAAACGUCUGUACCAGAAGAUGCUCAGGUUGUCAAGACUGUCCCAGUUCCCCAAGAAGAGUCACCAGAAACCAAACCAGUAGUAGAUCCAGAAGUCGACAUCGUCGAAAGUCUGGUGAAAACUUUGGAAGACGUCAUCGAAAAAGACAUAGACACCACUUUCGAAAAAGAUGUGAUCGACAAAGACCAAGUCACCGAAGAAGACAAACCCAAAAUCGAAAAAUUCGACGAAAAAUCCACAAAACCAGAAGAAGUCGUCGGUUCCGUCCAAGUAACAGAAUUGUAG